AGCUACUCUGUUCACCCCCUUCACUUCCACAUGACGCCAUUUACAGCAUAAACCCGACCUCCUCUCCGGAAAGAAGAAAAAACACGAGCUGAAAAACUUGAAAGCGCCACAGUGUGCCAUGCAGCCAAACCUUCAACUCGCGCAGCGCAACGCUUCUUUUUGACCAACUCUUCUUUUCAGCACCUAUACACAUAUUUGUAUUAUUUCUUUUAUAACUCGACUGAUUUUUUCUGGAUUUGGGAACUUUUCUACUGGUCAGUAUAUCGGCAUAAAUUAAACCUGGUGCUUCACGCGCGCUCCGCUUGGAAUUAAUUUCGGACGUUUCGCGAAAAAGGACGCGCGUGCGGCUGCGAUUAUCGGAAUUUUUGUGAAUGAAUCUCGCACGAACUGAGGACUUACCAAAGAGAAAUUCCCACUAGGAGGAUAUACUCUUCAGGACACAAAUAGGGGGUUGAGGUGGUGAGAUCACGGACUUCAGAUGUGUUCAAUGCCAGCCAGAGGGUUCCCACUUCAGAGUAAAGAUGGAGACGAGAGCUCAAAAUGGUGGCAGCGGCUCUUCUGGCUUGCUGCGACCUCAGCGUGACACCGGCAGGCCCCAGGCCGGGUACUCGGAGCCCUGGGAGGGUCAGGUGCUCUCCCUGGACCAAAUCAGGAGCAUCCGCGGCAGCAAUGAGUACACGGAGGGCCCGACGGUGGUGCCACGACCGCCCGCCUCCCAGCAGAAAACGGACUCGCAACCUUCCAGCCCGACCUCCAGUGAGCCCUCCGAGCACACGGAGUCCCCGAGGACCCAACGGGGCGGCCAACGGACUCCUCAGCAGCCCCCGAGAGGCGGCGUGAGCAGAUCCAUCAGCGGCACCAGCGACGGGUCGCGCAGCACCACCCGGACCAGCACGGGCAGCACGUCGUCGGAGCAGAGACUUCUGGGAACCGCUGGGGGCGAUCGGAUCGUGAGGGCGCAGCCCAAGCGCUCGGAGCUGAAACAGGACGAACUCAAGCCCUUGGCGGCGGCGGUGGUCGGUGCCAGGGCCGGCAAGGGCAAGCACUUGAACCGCUGCGAGAACUGCGGCCGCUGCAAGUGCGAAGGGUGCACCUGCCCUCGGACCCUGCCGUCGUGUUGGAUGUGCGGCCACAGGUGCCUUUGCUCGGCCACGUCGGCGACGGACUACGUCACUUGCCUGUGCUGCGUCAAAGGCCUGUUCUACCACUGUUCCAGCGACGACGAGGAUGUGUGCGCCGACAAGCCCUUCUCAUGCAGCCAGUCGCACUGCUGCAUGCGCUGGUCGGCCAUAAGCGUGUUGGCUCUUUUCCUGCCGUGCCUGCUCUGCUACCUCCCGGCUAAGGGCUGCGUGGCGCUGUGCCAGGCGUGCUACGACUGCACCAAUCGGCCGGGGUGCCGCUGCCAUAACAAAGAAGUUGACACAAAGUAGACUGGGCUCCUGGAGUAGCAAUGGGAAGAGAACGUUAUCUGGGACUGUCUGGAACGACCCGCACCCGGAGCGGAGGAAGCAUCCGCAACUUGUUGUAGUUACGGCACUGUAGACCACGAGGUGACAUUGGCUUGGCAAGGACUGCUUUGAAGUGCUUUGCUUUGCUUUCUUUGCUUUUCUUUUAUCCCCUCGCUCUCUUUCCGAGGGGGAACGUGUUCCUCUGUUUUGUUUUUAAGCUGAAGUCCAGAACGUUAGCCCUAUUGACAUUCAGUAAUAUGACUGAUAUAAAGGUGACAGACUCCCCUGACUAACUGUUUGUCAAUAGUAUCUGCAAAAAGUAUGUAAAUUAGCAAAUGAGCUCUUCAGAGAGAUUUUAUUUUUGUACAUAUAAUAUUUCAACUGUGAAAAGCAUCGUGCCGAACCCCAGGCACCUUGACAGAUCCAUAUAUAUGACGCAUAUAUAAAACUUUGUACGACCACUUGGAACGUACUUUUAAUAUGUCUCCUUACAGAAGAGAAAUCGGACAUGAAUUAUCCCGACACUUGUAAAUUGUACAGUGACCCUAAGAAAACUUUAUUUUCUAAUUUCAACACAUUGUUUAGUGUAAAAUUAUUUAUUUGAAGUUUUAUUAUUUUAUAAAGUAAUAUUUAUUUGGAGAGGCAUCUUUAUAGGCAUCGCCCCAACUUGAGCAAGAAAUGAAAAACCCUCCCUCUGUUGUUGCUGCAAAAAUGGAUGGCGGGGUGUCCGAUCUGAUGCAUAUGUUCACUAUAAAAUAGUAAAUAUAUUAACGUUUUGAAAUUAAACAAUGCAUUUUCUGUCUUCUUUGUGGCCUGCUGUUGACCUUGUUUCUAUCACUCGAACACAAAGAGGCAUUUCAGAAGCUCCAGUGUUUGUUCAAUCGCCUUUGUUUACCCACGGAUCUCCUGUCAGUGUCACGUAUCACUUGGCGUUUAUGAGCUCCACGAUGUCCGCGCUAUGGUUUCGAGGUCAUCUGAAAUGAAAAGCGUUGAAAGCGAUAACAAACGUUCGUUGACACGUCCACAAAGUAGGUGACUGCACUGAAUUUUGUGACCGUACAUCACACUUGAGUAUCUUGUCAUGAAAAGUCCAAUUGCACUUUGUGUGUUUUAGUAAACAGGAAGUCGUCUGCAGUUGCGUAAGGGUUGCAUUGUGAGAACGGAGACCUUCGGUACAAAAAAAGCACGGCCAUUUAUAUCGACAGUUCCGAUUACCUUCGGUUAACAGAAAUGCUGGGAAUAGUUACGUGCCGUUUGUCUGAUAAAACCACCCAAACAAACUGAUCUCAGAUCAACAUCAGCCCCUUACAAAGACCCCCUGAUCUUGAGCCAGACCCUCAGGGGUAACUUCCAGCCUCCCCUGCCAGCAGCGGAUACUGGCUGCCUUUACUUCCAUGGGAAACAUCUGGCACUGGUUUAAUCAUUGAAGUAUGCAAACCACCAGUUGACAUCAGGAGGAUCAGAGAUUGUUUCUGUUGGCAAGCCGUCGUUCGCCGAUGCGCGCUCGCGUGUGUUAUGGAAACUGCCCUGAGGGAAUAUAAAGAGUAGAUGUGCCGUACGCGUGCAGGAUGCUUUUGAGGAAGUUUGGGUUUCCUUGACGAUUUAUGUUGCGUGCGGUUGCAUCCCAGCGUGAACUUCGACCUUGAAUCAAAAAGGGAAACUGGACUGACGAAACAUUAAUGCCGUCAUCGUGAUCUGAAUAUGGUAAAUCAUUCUAAACCACACAGAAUUUACUAAGAAGUCUUUCACGCGAAGACCAAAUUUACAAAGUUGUUUAAAAUGAAUGCCUUUACUAAAAAAAUGUAUUCAUUUUUAAUAUAUACUAUUAUCAAAUCGUAUUAAAUACCAAUUAUAAUCAACAAUAUUUAUGCCACAGAUAAAUUGGCUGCAAAAAACAUUAACAGUUUUCUUGGACAUGAUGUGUGAGCACAGAAAAGAUAUGAGAAUCAACUUUUCUCUUAUUCUAUUAUUUAAAGUGUCAUGUUUUACAAUUUUUGUCGUUGGCACUUAUAAGCUGAGCAAAACAUGCCGUAUGUCUUUUUCGCUGUGACAUGAUCCGUACUACUGGCAUCUGCACUCUUGCUUCGGCGUGUUGGCGCAUGUUUGUUAUUUUUCAGAGUGUUUGAGUGACAGGCAGCCAGCGUCCCCCCCUCCGCAGAGAUGCGCCCCCUUCCCCAUUUACGCGGCUAAAGGUGGAAAAACAAAACCGUUCUGAUCGCUCGAGAGCAUGGUUUCUCCAUCCUGUCUCCCAGCCAUUGUUUUAAGUUGUGAAUGGGGGCAUCGGGAGGGGGGGGUUGGUUUGCUCAAGAAAGCUCCGUAAAGGGUUAAAGACAUUACUUUAAAUGACAAUGGGCCAACAGUUUACCCCCACAUUCGAAACCUUCUGUAUUCACCGUCUUUUCAAUGGCCCCAAGUUAUUUCUCCGGCUCUUAAGCCUCUUCAACUACCUGCUUGGUAUUCUCACAGGGCAGCCUUUGAGUUUGUGUGUGUGUGACAGCACGCACGCGCAUGUUUCCUACUUUGCGUGCGAGCGUUUAGCAGCCGCUAAAUGUGUUGUUAAGGGCGCAGGCAGCACAAAAGCAGGAUAAAUGGGAAAAAUGACACCCUUUUGAAAGAAGUGCGAUCGCAUGCCAAGUUCAGGGGAAAUGGAGAAAUAUAGAUUUCUCCAUUGAACAGAGAAUUGGGUCAGAUACGGGCCGGGGAGGGCUGACCUCAAUAAACAGACAACAGACGGGACGGAACUCACAUUGUCCCAAAAAUUAACAGCGGUAUUAACUGCUCGCCUAAGCCGGAAUGUCUGGUUACGGCCGAGAGGAAGUUGCCUAAUUUGAGGUGUUGUAUACACGUCUGUUGAGGUUUUUUUGCGCUGUGAAUGGCUAUCGAUUCUUUCGGCACAGAAUCUACAUUUAACAACGUCAGUGAGGUUGAGCUACACAAGUGAAGAGAGGUGUGAAGUCAUGUGCAGAGCUGCUUUCUACGGCCCAAAUAUAAGAACUCAAUGGCAAUGGAGUAAACAUCUGGAACAAGACACCACGCAUAUCAUUCAAUCAUUUUAAUCGCAUUUUUGCACUUGAACUUGAUUUAAGUUUGUUAAAUAUACAGUAUAUAGUAACAAAAACAUGAAAUUCAACCCCGUGAUUUUGGUGUUGCUUGCUACAAAUAAAAAUAAAAAAAU